GACUGCCUUCUGUUUCCCCCCAGCUGUUCCUGCAUUGGAGAAGUUGCUCGCAACAUGGGGAACAUGGCUUGUGUUCCCCAGGCACCUGGGAGAUUCAGAUACUCUUUCUCCAGAAAGUCUUCACUCAGGAAAGAACAAGAGAGCAAGAAAAAGCUGGCCGGCCUCUUCGGUUUAGAAGCAGGACAGGAGAGGGAUGUCACCUCAGACAAGAUACUCCAGUAUAUUCCUGGAAAGAAUCUCACGAGCCAGGAAAAUGGGAAGGAAAAUUUAGACCAGCGUUUCCCGUCCCUUUUCAAGAAGGGCCGGAGGAAGACCGUGGUGCGCAACCUGGGGAAAAUUAUCUAUUACUCGAAGGUCAAGUUUAAGUUUCAGCACUGCCAGGAGGUGAAUGACUGCUACUUAGAACUUUUCCAGGCCUACCUGUAUUUUCAGUCCCUUGGUCCGAACGGACUCACCUAUCAGGGCCUGCUGCCGUUGAAAGAGCUCCAGCUGAAUGAAAUUGAAAACUUGAAAGGGAGCGAGCAGGAAGUCCACGCUUUCCGAAUUACAGGUCCCUUGCUGAACCCUUUGAUCGUCUACUGCCCCAACAGGUCAGAGCUGAACCGCUGGCUUUACCACUUAGAGAAACAGAUCCAUUUAAAUGGAGGGAACCUUGACUUGCCCUUCCUGGCUCAGAAUGACUGGAAGCAGAGCUCCGUUGGAAGGGAGCAGCUGCGUUGGUCUUUGCAGAACGCCCCCGUGCGGGAAUGGAGAGGCACCCAGCGGGAGUCUCUGGGCGACAUCCUCUGCGUCUCUAAAGUGAAGCUGCAGCAUUUGCCCUUCCAGGAACAGCACGACCGCCUGUUGGUCCUCUAUCCUUCCACCCUGGUCAUAGUAUCCGAAGAGCGCAAUGGCCUGUACUUUAAGGGAGAGUUGCCUCUAAAUGCGAUCCAAGUGCAGUUUGAAGAAAACCAGAAGACCUCUUUUCUAAUAGAAGGCCGAUUAAUCAACUCCAUUCGGGUGAUUUGCCCCAGCUAUGAAGAUUACCAAGAGUGGCUGUACUGUCUUAAGUCAGCUCAGUUCCGAAAUGCUGAUUCUUCCCUUUCUGGAUCUGAAAGUUUCUCAGGACCAAAACCACAACAUCUGGGUCUGCUCUCUGGCAGCGGGAGAGGAUCACUUAACUCUGAAGGCCGAACAAACUCUUGGGCGUCAGGAGGCAAGGGAGCGACCUCCACUCACCACUCCCAGAACAGCAUGGGCUCCCUUUCGGAGAGGCAAUCGUUUGGUGUGCUGCCCGAAAGCCGGCUGGGAGAAGACUGUCUGCCUCAACCUGGCCGUUGUCCUGCAAACCCAGUCUUGACGGCUUCUGGGAUACCGAAACCUGAACUGAAAAGGAAAGGAAGCUCUCGACAAUCCAAAGGGAAAAGUGUCCAGCCAGCCCUGCAGCCUCAGCCCAACAACCCGGACUCAGAAAGGAGUCGCUUAAAACUCACUCCUGAGCGUCCCAAUGGAGAGGUUUUGUCUCCAGUGUACAACGAGCCGUACACAGCCCUGGUACACCAGCAACAUCCAGCUGUUCCCCCACUGCAUCUGGACCUAAACCAUAUGAAACAGUGGAAUCUGCCAAGAAUUCAGAACUGUACAGAGCCUGAAAACCUGAAGAACAAACCCCUGCCUUCCUCUCCCAUGUAUGCCGACCCCUACACCCCUAACUCUCCCUCUUCACAUCGGGCUGAAGAUUGCAACUUCCUAGAAGAGUUCCUGAAACGCCACGGUCGGACUGGCUUGGAGCAGCAAAAUGGCUACCCAGCCAUGCCGGUGUCUGUCCCCGUAUCCCACCAUCCUCCACUGCAGAAGAAGAACUCCCAGCCAUUACCUGGAAACCACUGGCGAGAGCCAACCGCAGCAAAGAGAUUCAGCAUCCCAGGCCCAACUUUGAAUUUUUCAAUGAUGCCUCAUUCGGACCUAGAUUAUUUGGCGGCAGGCUCCUUAUCGAGGGAUGAAUUUCCAGCACCUUCCUUGCCAGGUUCAGAUGAAAGCAUCGGAGCAUACGACCUGCCGGAAAACGGACGCGAACGGCUGGACUCGGCUUAUCACGAUUAUGCCGAACUCCAAAGCUUCCAAAGUGACUUCAGUUAUGACAACAUCUGGGAAGCGAAGGAGACGGCAUCCCGGCGGAUCGGUCCUGUCUCCGAGCAGGAGAUUUACCAUUGCUGA